AUGGCCAAGAAACGAGAAGCGUCGGGUCGCUCACAGGAGUCGAAUGGUCCCGCAGAAUUAGAUCCGCGCGAUUCGAGGAAGCGGAUAAACACAUACGAAGACGUGGCCGACUCGGACGACGAAUUCCAUCUGAAUCAGGACGAAAUCCGACUGGGAGAGGAGCCAGAGGCGAAGCGACGACGAAAGUGGGCAGAGCAGGAGGAGUUCCUUCAGCCGUCGGAUGAAGAAGUGCUAGGUUAUUCGGAUGAUGAAGAGGCGUCAGAAGAUGGCGAACCUGCGAAACCUCUCAGGAAAAGCAGAGAAGAUGAGGACGAGGACGAGGAGGACGAGGAGCAAGAGGACGACGAUAGAGAUGCACAGCUAGGCUGGGGUACAUCCAAGGCCGAUCUGUAUGGUGCAGACGAGAUCGAGACGGAGGAACAGGCAUUGGAAGAGGAGGCUGAAGCUCUACGACUCCAGAAGAAGCAGUUAGAGUCGAUGCAAGCAGCUGACUACGGCUUCGACGAGGAUGAGUGGCAACAAGGUGGAGAGAAGGACGAUUUCCAGGAAGACGAUGAGGCGGCUACUGUGACAGAAGUUUUGCCUCAGUUACAAAUUUCGCCCGAUCUUUCUCCUGCUGAACGACUGAAAUUGCUCAAGUCUCGAUAUCCGGAGUUCGAACUUUUGAGCAAGGAGCUUCUCAAUCUUCGAGACAGACAUUCUCAGCUGGUGAAGGUGGCCCCGCUAUCAAGUCUCGCGCGCACCAAACUCAGAGCAAUAUCUGCUUACAUUGGUGCUCUUGCAAUGUACUUCGCAAUAUUCACUUCUGCAGCGGCGCAGGGCGAGAAGGGUGUCACUGCGAUCUCUGCGACACAUCUUCGCGACCAUCCUGUCAUGGAAAGCCUGAUCAAGUGCCGAGACACGUGGGCCAAAGUCGAGCAACUCCCCGAUGAGGAGGAGCCAGCAUCCGAUGAAGAGGAGGAAAUUGACGAGGUGGAGGAAGACGAUGAGCUUGAAUUGAGGGAUGCGUUACCGGAAGCACCUGCUUCUCGAAAGCUGUAUCGUGCCGAACGGCAUGCCCAGGCAGUUCAAGCUGCUGCUGAGCAACGAAGAGCAGAACGGCUGAAACGAACAGAGGCAGGCUUGGCUGAUCUCGAUGCUCUCAUUGCGCCAUCGAGGACCGGGUCGAAAGCAACGAAGGCGCAGCGUAACAACACCAAUGAUGAGGAGUCUGACUUUGGCGAGGAGGCUGGCUUGACCGCACGUGAAGCAGCGGACAAGGCCAAGAAGAAGAAAAGCUUGCGGUUCUAUACCUCACAAAUUGCACAAAAGGCCAACAAGCGUGGAGCUGCUGGUCGAAAUGCUGGAGGCGACGACGACAUACCAUUCCGCGAACGACUUAGGGACAGACAGGCAAGGCUCAAUGCGGAAGCUGAGAAGCGUGGUCAACGCGGUGCUGACAUUGGUGCCGAAUUGGGUGGCGAUAGCGACGAAGAGGAUGGUCGUCAAGCCCGACAAAUCCGUGCAGACGCUGACGAAGAUGAUUACUAUGAUCUGAUAGCUGCCCGCACUGCGAAGAAGAAACAGGAUAAAUCAGCUCUCGCCGAAGCUCAACGUCAAGCGGCUUUGCAAGGCGGCCAGGUCGUGCAAGAAGAGAGCGUAGGAGCCGACGGAAAGCGCAAGAUCUCCUACGCGAUCGAGAAGAACAAGGGAUUGACGCCUCAUCGCAAGAAGGACGUGCGAAACCCACGCGUGAAGAAGAGGAAGAAGUACGACGAGAAGAAGAAGAAACUGGCGUCGAUCAAGCCAGUCUACAAAGGCGGCGAGGGGCGAGGAGGAUACGGCGGAGAGUUGACGGGUAUCAAGAAGGGGCUGGUGAAGAGCACCAAGUUGUAA